GUGGAUGAAAGAGCGGCUCACUGUCAGUGCAGCGUGGAUCGUCCCUCAAAAAAGUGCAGUCAUGGCUAUGGUUAACAGCACUAACCUGAUCCUCCAGACGCUUGUUUCGGUUUUCAAUUUGGGUGGCAUACAAAAUCCACCACCGAGUUUAAUCAACUUCGAAGCAAACCACUCCACCGACUUCUUCCCCAUUGUGAUAAAAGGAAAAUCUGACACAAAAUGCUAUCGGCAGUACGGCUAUGGCUGCUUUUCUAUCGACUCUCCGUGGCCACAUAAUCGACCAGUUAAUUUAUUCCCAGAACACCCGGAUAAAAUAAACCCAAAUUUCUGCCUGUUCACGCGGUACAAUCGAGAGAAAGGCCAUCCGCUGCGGGCAAAUGACACUUCAACGUUCUUCAAGUCGUUCUUUAAAGAAGACCGCCAGACGUUCUUCAUCAUUCACGGCUACCUCGAAACAGGCAACAAGACUUGGAUAAAGAAACUGACGGGUGAGCUUCUGAAAUCGCACGAUGCCAAUGUGAUCGUCGUUGACUGGAACGGGGGUUCUGGACCCCCAUACGCCCAGGCUGUGGCCAACAUUCGACUCGUCGGCAGAGCAGUUGCAAUCAUGAUCAUCAAGCUCAAGGAAGAGCUUGGCUUGCGGCCGCUGAGGACGCACAUCAUUGGCCACUCGCUGGGGGCCCACACCGCCGGCUACGCAGGCACCGCGAUCAGGCAGGGUUGGCACGUGAAACUCGGCAGAAUCUCAGGAUUAGAUCCUGCGGAGCCACACUUUGAGAAGACUGAUCCUGAGGUUCGACUUGAUCCCACCGAUGCUGAAUUCGUGGACGUGAUUCACACAGACGCCGCACCAUUCAUCAGUGGUGGCUUUGGGAUUAAGCAGCCCGUUGGACACGUCGACUUCUACCCCAACGGCGGUGAAGGAAUGCCCGGCUGUGAAAACGCCGUCUUUGACUCUUUAGCGGAUAACAGGGGAUUCAUGUCAGGAUUCAGGAAGGCUCUUGGCUGCAACCACAUCAGAAGCUACGAGUACUUCACAGAGUCAGUCAACUCAAAAUGUGAAUUUACCGGGGCCGAGUGCGAAUCUUUCGAAAGAUACGAAAACGGUUUGUGCUUCGGCUGCAAAGAAUUGGGAGGAAGCAGGGCUUGUGCCAGGAUGGGAUUCCACGCCAGGCCCAUCCCGCACAGAAGUUUGGUACAGAUGUACCUAAGCACAGCUGAUAAAACGCCUUUCUGCCAGCACCAGUAUUUGGUUGAACUGCAAAUUUCCAACUCAUCCAGCAGCCAAGCGCAUGGAGGCGAAGUUGGAGCGUUUUAUCUGCAGUUGAACGGAACCUCUGGUGUCACCCGCAGGAUCAAACUGCAAGAAUCAGCUCAAUACUUCGCGCCCGGCGCGUCGUGGCAAAAAGUGGUGCCCGCGGCAGGGGUUGGAGCUUUGAGAGAAAUCAAACUCGAGUGGGACUACCAGCACACGUACUGGAAUCCGCUGUCGUGGCGUGUCUAUGGCGAAGCCAUGAUUUUCCUCGAUGAAGUGACUAUCACCGUUUUGGAAACGGGCGAAAGACUGCGUAUUUGCCCCGGUGGAGACGAGCCCUUCAAGUCAUGGGACCCGCGCACCUUUCCGGUUGGAACGCACUUGUGCCAUGGCGAUUCCAACAAUGUGAUACCCGCGUCCAACAUUCACCAUUGAAUGCCAAAAAGUAAACGUUUGCGAGUGUUGACACCUGGCGGGGAUUGGGAUUACUGAGAGCGCGCGCGCCUACGUGACUCAGAGAAAGUGCACGGUGAAAGUGCUUCAAGGGGGACAACAAUGGGGCCGGCCAGCGCAUUGUUGCAUUCCUCGAGUGCCGGGCAUGAGCGACUGACUGAUGAUUGCGCGUGAAAAAGCUGAUUCAUCUAAUUACACGGUCGGCGCUGAGAGUGCGAAUUAAAUUAUUUCUCAUUUUUCGAUGGCUAAUAAGGUUGCUCUUUAAGAUAUUUAUAAUAUGUUUAAUUAGUAUGUGCAUCAACCAAAACCUAAUAAUAUAUACAUACAUUAUCAUGUGAAAACGCUUGUAAACUUUAAAACUUUGAAAUAAUAGUAUCUGUAUGAAAAUAACAUAUAUAUUUCAAUAAACAUUCAUCUUAUUAUUUAA